AUGUCUCGUGUGCAGACCCUCACUCUCGCCUCAUUUCUCUCCCUUUUCAAUUUCAAGAGUCUCUACCUCAUUGGAUAUGCCUGGCUCCUUGGAAUGUCCAUAUGGGUGUCCUUCUUUGCUGGCCCCAUCGCCUUCAGAGCGCUGCCUAGGCACCAAUUUGGCGCGCUGCAACAUCGCAUUUUCCCCGUCUAUUUCGUCAUGAGCAUCAUCAUGUCUUCCGGUCUUCUAGCACUUUGGACUCGCAGCCACCCUGCCGUUCUCGCACACCUCUCGCAACCCUUGGUCGCAGAUGUAGCGCAGGCGUACUCUCUGGCCUCGGUACUUCUUUUCCAAGGAGCGAAUUACUUUGUUGUUGGGCCGUUGACAAGCAAAACUAUGUUUCAGCGCCAGAAGUUGGAGAAAGAGGAAGGCAAGGCCUACAAUGAAGCCGGUGUAUCUACUGCUAUGAAAGCUCUCAACAGCAGGUUUGGUAUGCUCCAUGGUGCUAGCUCCCUCGCCAACCUCUUCUCUGUUGUUGUACUUCUAUUCCACGGCCUGUGGAUCGGAAAUUUCGGUACAGGCAUCUAA